UUGUCAUGCAAAGUUGGAUCUUUCCUUGGAAAUUCGGUGUUUUCUUUUGGGUUUAUACCUUUUUUUUUUUGCCUCGUGGAUAUUCUUGAUUUGUCCUGUGAUUCCAAAAGAUUUGGAUUAUGGAUUUUCUCGGAUUUUUCCUUUUUGGUAUCUUUCUAGUUGUUACAUGCUGGGAACGGGCGCUGCUUCGGUUUUUCGUAUUCUUCGAUCUGUAGCAACUUUCUCUUUGAGACACUUAUGUAAUAGUGCUCCUAUAAUCUUGGAGCUACUAUCUUUAGCUCGUUGUGCAAGAAUUAGUGAUCUCCGGCUCCUGAUUUGGUGACGCUUAAAAUAAUAUUAUUAUUUCAUCUGGCCAUGAAAUUUGUAGCUGAUCGAUGGAGAUGUUGUGAUUCUGAUCAAUUUGAUCCGAAUUUCUAGUUCUCCUCAGGAAAGGUUCAUAGUGGAAGAUGAGAUUAGUAGUUCGGUCACUCCGCCAGCUCUGCCGCUUCACCCGGCACCAUGCAGAGAGAUAUUCAUCAGCAAACAGAUUGAUCAGGCAGCAGAAUGCUCUGUUCUUGUGCAGUUCGACAUCCCGUUCACUGAGCACGUUACAUCGUAAUGGUGAAAUUAGCAGAUUCGUGAGUCCUAGUGUGGAAUUAUUGAGGUCCAUGUUCUCCACUGUAGCGGCUGAUUCAAUCAAAGAUAUUGGACAAGCUGGUCCGAUGGUGGAAUAUGAGAGGAGAAUAGCAUCAGGAGAGCUUGUAGAUGGCGAUAGCUUUCAGCUUGACACGAUUCAACAAUUACAAAGGCUCUAUGAGGAGUUGAUCGAGAAUGAAGAAGACUGCCAGCUGGAUAGAUAUAAGUCAUCUGAGAAAUCAGGACGGAGUCGAUGGCUAUGGUCCCGCCUCAUUACCCAGCCUUUGACCUAUGCUCGUGUGAAGGGGCUGUAUCUGUAUGGAGGUGUUGGUACAGGGAAAACAAUGCUUAUGGACCUGUUCUAUGAGCAACUGCCAGCUAAUUGGAGAAAGAAGCGUAUCCACUUUCACGAUAUUAUGCUGAAUGUACAUAGUCGCCUGCAGAAGCACAAAGGUGUUUCAGAUCCCCUUGAUGUGGUAGCAGCUGAGAUUUCAGAUGAGGCCAUCAUACUAUGCCUUGAUGAGUUUAUGGUAACUGAUGUGGCUGACGCUAUGAUUUUGAACCGGUUGUUCAGACAUUUGUUCAGCAAGGGCAUUAUUCUCAUCUCGACUUCUAAUCGCGCUCCAGAUAAGCUUUAUGAAGGUGGCUUACAGCGAGGCCUUUUCUUGCCUUUCAUUGACACCUUGAAAGAAAGGUGCAUCGUGCACCCCAUUGGAUCUGCAGUAGACUAUCGUCAAUUGGGUUCUGCUGAGCAAGGUUUCUAUUUCGUCGGAAAACAUUACAGUACGCUUCUUAAACAGAAGCUCCAAUCUUUAAUGGGAGACGAGGAACCUAAGCCACGAACUGUUGAAGUGGUUAUGGGACGGACAUUGCAGGUUCCACUGGGAGCAAAUAGUUGUGCAUAUUUCCCUUUCGAAGAUCUUUGCGAUAGACCUUUAGGUGCAGCAGAUUAUUUUGGACUCUUUAAAAAGUUUCACACCCUGGCACUUGAUGGUGUUCCAAAGUUUGGGUAUAGUAACAGAACAGCAGCUUAUCGGUUCGUCACACUGAUCGAUGUUAUGUAUGAGAACAAAGCAAGGUUAUUAUGCACAGCCGAGGCUGCACCAAUAGAACUAUUUGAGAACAUCGUGACGGUUGCUGAAGCAGAAAAAAUUUCUCCAAGAUCUUCACGUUCACAGAAAAGUGACGAUCCUGACCUAUGUGUGGACAACGAGCUCGGAUUUGCCAAGGAUCGUACUAUUAGUAGGUUGACAGAGAUCAACAGUAGAGAGUACUUGGAGGACUUCGAAGCGAGAUUGCAGCAGCAGCCCUUGCAAGGUGUAGAUAAUGGUGGUGGUGUUGUACUAGCAUAAGUAGCGGCACUCUGUGCCUCGUAUUUGAAAUUGAUCUUGUAUGUGCCCACCAACAGCGAUGCAUGUAUAUUUGCAAUAAGCAGUGAAAGUGAUCUGCUUUUCCAACAGAGAACGGUUGGGUGAUCAAUAAAAUGUCUCAUUGUAGAGAGAAGGGGGUCUUACUGGAACCUGUGCUGUAUUUAUGUUUGCCAAACUUUCAGAUAUGCCUAAGCUCAGAAACGAGUUGGCCAUUGAAUUUUUUUUUCGCAAUUUUGCCACUGUAUACGAAAUCUUAUAGGACCAUUGUUUUGCUGAUAUAUAAUAUGCCUCCAUGGUUGUUUUA